AUGGCAGUCAGGAUUGAACGUUUCCUCAACACCACCGGAUUUUUCUUUUUCGCCCUCAUUCUCGUCUGUCUCAUCCUUCUCACACCAGCAGAUGCCAUCUACCAAUGUUACGAAACGAACCGACUCACCAACAUCUUUUUCAUCACCGGCGCAUACAUUAUUACUUUCAUACUUGCAGCUCUCAUAUAUGCGACGCGAAUCUACACAAACCGAAACGCGCUUACCGGGAUACCCAAGGCCUGGAUCCCCGUUGAAAAGGAAGAUGUGAACAAGAGCGUCAGACGACUAGUGAAGGAAGGACUCGCGCGGAGCGCAGUCAUCGCCUAUCAAGCUCGCCCACGCGAUGUUUCAACCGAUGAAGACUCUUUUAAGAGGUACAAGUCUCUUCUCAUUGAUUCAGAACGACCUCCGUGGGGCCAUGUCGAACAUCCAGGCUGGUCCUCACCUGCCUCGCCUGACUUGCCGGAUCUGCCUUAUCGCACGGUAAUCCAAGAGCUUCCCAGCUUGAUCGAAGCUAAAGCCGUAUCCCUCGCUCCUGCCGAUGCAUUAUCUCCCGCACCUCCAGAUCCAUUCGGGCCUUCCAACCACCUCACCACCCAAUCACUCCCCGAUACACGCGUGGUGGAAGUGUUGCAACGCCCGGCUUCCAUGGGUCUUAGAGAGUAUAUUCGACAUUUGACGUCCCUGGGCGCAAUCUACCCACCGGAAUUGGGCGCGGAGUUCCUGUCCCUGUACGAAGCUGCACGAUUCUCACCGCGCGAACUCCACGAGGCCGAAUUUCGCGACCUGAUGCAUCUUUUCGCAGAGAUUCUCAGGGGCAUGACAUCACUUGCGCCGCCCAUAAUAGACGAGAUCCGGGAUAGUGCCAGUUACCGACGUGCCGAAAGCGAGUCUAUCAUUGGGCCUUCGGAUGAAGAAGGGGAAACCGAUACGGUCGAGCAUUUUGGCUUCGAGGGGGAUCUGCAACCUCUGCAUCUGCAGCCUGUGCGGAGUCGCAGCCUGCGACCUUCCACUGCAUCUUGGGAUGCUGAGUCCGGUUACGAUACCGCGUUGCAAAGUCCUGUCUCGGGCUUUUCUUUCAGCAGUGGGUUUGCGCCACAAGACCCCCGUCGCACGCCAUCUACUAGGUCUCUCCGGCGAGUCUACUCGGCACAAUCUGCCAGCUCCGGAGGAAGUGUUAUCCGCCUGACGCAACCACGGUCACCGACAGACUUGCCGUAUACUUACAAUGUAUGA